GGAAUUAUUGCUUGGGAAUCGACGAUUAACAAUCAGAGAUCUUAUUGGUAUCGUUAGAAUAUCGGAAGGAUCAAUAAAAACUAUUUUGAAAGAUUAUUACUAUUAAGAAAAGUGAAACCACGAUUGGUUCCAACACUACUAAAAUUUUUCGAAAAGAAGCGUCGCGUUAACGUCUGUGAAGCAAUGCUUUCCGACUGCCAGUAUGCCAUGAAAUGCAUUAUUACUGGCGAUGAGCCUUGAAUCUAUGCUUACGAACCGGAAACAGACGAUCAGUUGGCCGAAUAUCGUGGUCAAGGUUAACCGAAGUCAGGAAAUUACGCCAAAGCAGAUCAAAACUCAAGGUUAUGUUGACAGUUUUUUUUUUUAAAUAUCGAGGUGUGAGGCACUCGGAAUUCCUUCCGACCGACAAAAUUGUUAACAAGGAAUACUAUUCGAGUGUUAUUCGUCGUUUGCGCGAAGCUAUUCGUAAAAAGAGGUCAGAAUUAUGGGCCGACAAUGGGCCGAUGAUGCACCGUCGCUUACUGCAUUGAUUCUUUGUGAGUUUUUCGCCAAAUUUUCAAGCAAUAUCAUGCCGCAAGCACCGUAUUCGUCUGAUUUAGCUUCGUGUGACUUCUGGCUAUUCAGCAAACUCAAAGGACCGCUUCCAGGAAACUCUUUUGAGUCUAUUGAAGACAUUAAAAGUGAAUCGCUGUGUCGACGAUUGGACAAAACGUUGGCACAAGUGUAUUGUAUUUCAGAGGGACGACAUAGAUUUUGAAGACUAAGUAAAGAAUUUUAAAAUUAUAAACAAAGUCUUACUAUUUUUUGCUCAUAAUAGUAUAGCGCGCAACUUUUCAAGGCUGUAUCUCCCGAACUAGUACUUAUUACUAUUUUAGUUAUGUUAAAGAAUUAAAAUUUAUCAUCACUUGAUUAUAUUUAUUUCAUUUGCAGCCCGAAAAGAGUUAUAAAAAUUAAUUAUUAAAUCAGUGGUCUCUAUUUCCAAAAUGAGUUACGCAAUCAUAUUCGUUUUCUGCGUAAUCCUUUCGAACACUUAUCAGACGGAAAGUACUGACGAGCCGGAAUCUACUGCCUCCUUGCAAACUGCCACCCCGGAAACUAUUGUCUGUCCACAAACUACUGCCACCCCGGAAACUAUUGUCUCUCCACAAACUACUGUCUCCCCUCAAACUAAUAUCUCCUCUGAAACUACUUUCGCCCCUCAAACUACUGACGACCCACAAACUGACGUCUCUCUAACGAACUCUACGUCGUCAGACGCUGAAAAUGCCACGGCCGAUUCACGGGCUCUCAGUUGGUCGAUGUUCUCGUCGUUUUCAUCGUUAUCGAACAAAAUUUCAGAUCUACUUGUGGUGAAGAAGAAUGUAUUAGCUGCAUAUCCACUGCAACUUGCUUCCACACUAAUCGAUAAGCUAUGUUCGAACACGUUGUUCAUGACGCAUGUACCAGCCAAAUUUACACCAGAUAUAAGCAAAAUGCAUUUCCAAUAUAUUACCAGCUGUAAGAAUUAUAGCGUACCACUUAUGAAGGCGGAACAACUGUGGCAACACAUGAGCUUUAAUAAGAAGAGGAAAGUGGUCAUUUUAGCUACAGGUUGGACCAAUACAGUCAAUGAUUCUUCCACGUUGGCGUUGCUUUCGAAGGCGUUUCUUUGUCGAAAGGAUGUGAAUUUCAUUAUUGUUGAUGCCGCAUACUAUGUAGACACAUUAUAUAAAUGGGCCGCAUUAAAUACUGAGGAAAUUGGCGAAUAUAUAGCGAAAGGUCUUAGGCAUUUGUUAAAAGUAGUACCGCUAAAAAAUAUACACUUAGUCGGACACAGUCUUGGCGCACAUAUAAUGGGUAAAGCUGGUCGUACUUUCACCAAAUUAACUGGAAAGAAAAUACCACGUAUUACCGGUUUGGAUCCGGCUAAGCCAUGUUUCUACAAAAACGAUACACUCUAUAGCCUACGACGGGGCGAUGCCGAUUUUGUGGAUGUCAUCCACACAAAUAUCGGUAUAUUGGCGAAGAAGAAACCGCUCGGCGAUGUUGAUUUCUAUCCUGGUGGUGCUAAUUCGCUGCCACCAGGUUGUUUGACUGUAACCUGCGCGCAUAUACGUGCCGUCGAGUACUUUGCCGAGAGUGUAUAUCCGGGGAAUGGAAAAAAUUUCAUUGGCUUGAAGUGCGCGGAUUGGAAUGAUUUAAAGAAAUUAAAUUGCCCAGCCGACCACACCUCACCCAUGGGUUAUGCGGUGAAUGAAAAAGCUCGAGGUAUUUAUUAUGUGCCCGUGAAUCGCAAAUCACCUUAUGGCAAAAAUGCGAAGCCGAGCAGCGCACGCUGGGAGAAUGCCAAGUGUAAUAAGUGUGAGAAAGUGAGGAGAAAGAAGAGAGAAAAAAGAAAGGAAAAGGGCUUUAACAGCUGGUUAAGUAGUUUUGUUGUUAAUAGUCAAAUAUUUAAAGGAGUGGGAUUGUUAUAAUUUUUAUGAAUGCCGAAUUGGGCGGAGAAGAUUUUACCAAAAAAGGUAAAAGAAAGUACUGGUUAAAUAUAGUAUAACUGUUAAUAGUUAUGUAUUUAAGUUUUAUAUACUGAGCAAAUAAAAUCUAGACAUUAAAUUCGCUUGCCAAACUCGACAUUGACACAAAUCGUGUAUGAAGUUAUUGUAUAUGAUUAUUUAAUCGGCUAUUUAAACAGCUGUCUGCGAUCUGUUUAUAAUUUUCGAAUAAGCAAGCGUUUUUCCGCUAUGAAUAGAUUUCGCUGAAUUUUGGUAUAUGAUUGAUUUAUGUUAAUUUUGAAAUAAAAGGAAACUAGUUUUUGAUAAACCUAUUUUAUCUAUCCAAGAGCUUUUAUUUCGAGGAUCUAACCAUGUUUGGAUAGGCACGUAAACUGCAAAACUUCAAUGUUAUUGUUCUAUCAUGAGAAUCACUAUUUGCUGUUGUUUUUGGGGCUUAAAUUUAUCCUGGUUAGAGUAAUGCCUGUUGUUGUUGUCGUAGUAGUGAUAUUGUUCUGUGCCGUGCUUUUCAUCGACGCUUCUUUUCUUCUUGAUUAUUUGUAGAGGUAAAAGCAGGAGGUAAAAGAUCCCAGACAUGUCUCUCUCGUCUUCAAUCAAUUGAAAUACCUAGUGCUAAUCCUUCAAUCCAUAGAUAAAUUGAAAUACCUAGUGCUAAUCUUUAAUGAAAAGCUUUCAUGGAGGCCAAAUAUUGAGGAGAGAGUAAGGAAGGCAUGGCCUUAUAUCACUCUCAAAAAAGGUAGUCUUUUGGCUCUACAAAAAAGUAGUCAAGCCAAUAAUAUGCUAUGGUGUACUAUAUUCGUUUGGUGGAAGGCUCUCUAAGGCUAAGAGAAGCUGAGCA